CGUUCCCGCUUCACUCGCACAUCAGCCGGUCAGUGAGACGGUAGGCUGUUGCGUGAUAAAAGUUCAAACUUAGUUACAAAUUUAAAUAAAGAAAUAUGAGGGAAAUAGUGCACCUGCAAGCCGGACAGUGCGGAAACCAGAUUGGCGCCAAAUUCUGGGAGAUUAUUUCUGAAGAGCACGGCAUCGACCCUACUGGUGUUUACAAAGGGACAAGCGACCUUCAACUAGAGAGGAUUUCAGUAUAUUACAAUGAGGCUUCUUGUGCGACGGCCGAAAACGGCGGCAAAUAUGUUCCCCGCGCCAUCCUCCUCGACCUGGAGCCCGGCACAAUGGACGCCGUGCGCUCCGGCGCGUACGGCCAGCUCUUCCGCCCCGACAACUUCGUGUUCGGCCAGUCCGGCGCCGGCAACAACUGGGCCAAGGGCCACUACACCGAGGGCGCCGAGCUCGUGGACGCCGUGCUAGACGUCGUCCGCAAGGAGUGCGAGAACUGCGACUGCCUCCAAGGCUUCCAACUCACACACUCCCUCGGUGGCGGCACCGGCUCCGGCAUGGGAACCCUCCUCAUCUCCAAAAUCAGAGAAGAAUACCCCGACAGAAUCAUGAACACCUACUCCGUUGUCCCCUCGCCCAAAGUAUCAGAUACCGUGGUCGAACCUUACAACGCGGUCCUCUCCAUCCAUCAGCUAGUCGAAAACACAGACGAAACCUACUGCAUAGACAACGAAGCUCUCUACGAUAUCUGCUAUAGAACCCUCAAAGUUCCCAACCCGACUUAUGGAGACUUGAAUCAUCUUGUAUCGCUCACAAUGUCCGGUGUCACCACCUGCCUCAGGUUCCCCGGUCAGCUGAAUGCGGAUCUCCGCAAGCUGGCCGUCAAUAUGGUUCCGUUCCCGCGUCUCCACUUCUUCAUGCCCGGCUUUGCGCCGCUCACAUCUCGCGGCAGCCAGCAGUACCGCGCCCUCACCGUGCCCGAACUCACCCAGCAGAUGUUCGACGCCAAGAACAUGAUGGCCGCGUGCGACCCGCGCCACGGACGCUACCUCACGGUGGCCGCCAUCUUCCGUGGCCGCAUGUCCAUGAAGGAAGUGGACGAGCAGAUGCUCUCGAUUCAAAACAAGAACAGCAGCUUCUUUGUCGAAUGGAUCCCCAACAACGUGAAGACAGCCGUGUGCGAUAUUCCUCCCAAGGGCUUAAAAAUGUCAUCAACAUUCAUUGGAAACACGACAGCGAUCCAGGAGUUGUUCAAGAGGAUAUCAGAGCAGUUCACGGCCAUGUUCAGGCGCAAAGCUUUCUUGCAUUGGUACACUGGCGAGGGUAUGGACGAGAUGGAGUUCAAUGAAGCUGAGAGCAACGUGAACGAUCUCGUGUCUGAGUACCAGCAGUACCAGGAAGCGACCGCUGAAGACGAUACUGAAUUCGACCAGGAAGAUAUGGAGGAGUUGGCGCAGGAUGAACAUCAUGAUUAAACAGAGGCUUAAAGUUCUUAUAAUCUCCUAAAAAACGUAUUUUUUCAACGAAAUUAGAGGCUAAGUGCGUUUAACACCAAAGCGUCCAAAUUGGACCGAAAUUACUAAAUAUUGUACUGUGACUCGUCAAUUCGCCAUGUGACUUGUCCUCAAAGUGCAAAAUAUUUUUAUAUAAUUGAAUAGUAUUAUUCGAAGUCUGUUUUAUAUCGAUAACGGAACGUACCAAUCUGUGCAUUUCUUAAGUUAUUUUAACGUCUUGUAUGCUUUUAUAUUAUAAUUUAUAAAUAAAUGUUUUAAAAUAUA